UAGGUUAAAAUUAACAUGUUAUGAAAUAAAAAUCAUCCUCGCCCCCCCUCACUCUGUCUCUCACACACUACAAGUUAUAUAAAUUAAGUCUUUUUGGGUCUAGCAAAUGUCUGAGAUUCCAGGAACACCUUAAGUUUCCUACAACCAAAUUUCUUCUGUAAUGUGAAUAUAUUGCAUCAUGACAUUUCUUUGGUGACGUGAUUAAUCAGCUGGGUAACAGAAGUAGCGUUAUUAUGAACCUUAUUGGAGCAGACUUUGUCCUUUCUCAAUAGCUAUGAGCUUGUAAACUAGCCAGCCUGAAACACCUUUCAUGUGAAAUUAGUGUGCUUGAUUGUGGGAGGCUUAGGAAGGUAGAUUAACACAUGUUGAUUACAUGUGUGCCACCGUGUUUUUCCCCAUCUUAUUGCCCAAUCCUUCCAGGUCUGUCUUUAUACUUUGAAGACGGUCAUGAUGAUUUGGAUGACUUUGGAUUUGACGACUAUGGAUCAGAGUGCGAUGGAAUCCGUAUCACAGCCUUCCUUGAUGCAGGGCAAGACAACCUUACUCCUUUAGGAAGGCUAGAGAAGUACGCCUUCAGUGAAAAUGUCUUUAACAGGGAGAUCGUGGCACGCGGGCUGCUUGAUGUGCUUCGAGAGUUCAGUGAUAAUGAAAAUGACUUUAUCAGUGUCAUGGAGACAGUUGCCAGAAUGUCAGAAGAUGGAGAACCCACAGUGCGAGCCGAACUCAUGGAACAGGUUCCCAACAUUGCCAUGUUUCUACACGAGAGUCGACCGAACUUCCCAGCAGCCUUCUCCAGAUAUUUGGUACCCAUUGUGGUCCGAUAUCUUACUGACCCUAAUAAUCAGGUGCGGAAGACAAGCCAGGCAGCUUUGCUUGUGUUGCUUGAGCAGGGCCUCAUCUCUAAGGCUGACAUGGAGACCAAAGUCUGCCCAGUUCUGCUGGACCUCACAGAACCCAGCAGCGAUGACGACUACAAAAUAGAGGCUGUUGCUAUUAUGUGUAAACUGGUCACCAUGCUGAGCAAAGACACAGUGGAGCAUCUACUACUGCUGCGCUUCUGUGAGCUGUGCAGUGACGCCAGGCUCUUCCAAGUCCGCAAGGUCUGCGCAGCCAACUUUGGAGAGUUCUGUUCCAUUGUUGGUCAGGAAGCCACAGAAAAACUACUGAUGCCCAAGUUCUUUGACCUGUGUUCAGACAGUCUGUGGGGCAUUAGGAAAGCCUGCGCUGAAUGCUUCAUGAUUGUAUCCAAUUCCACCUCCCCAGAGGUGCGACGUACUAAACUGUCCCCCCUGUUCAUCAGCCUCAUCAGUGACCAGUCCCGCUGGGUGCGUCAGGCUGCCUUCCAGUCCUUGGGUCGUUUCAUAUCCACCUUUGCCAACCCCGCCAGCACAGGUCUCCACUUCAGGGAGGACGGUACCCUUCUGGAAGCACCCAGGUGUACCUUAGACAGCAAUUCCCCCCUAAACUGCCCUGAAAUUGGGGGCCGCCUCACAGAGAGAACCAUCAUCCACACGCCUCCCAACCAGGAUGGGCGAGCGACGCCUUCCCCAGAGCGUGCAUCGGCAUGUGACAGUGAGGAAGCACACACCUUCAGCGACAGCCUCACAUAUACUCGCGGGGAGACGCACAAAGGCCACUUUCACAUGGCCCUUGGCAGCAGUAACGGCACAGCCACAGAGAACGACAAAAACAGCAAGGACACGGAGCAGGCCGAUGAGAACUUUAACUCUUUCCACUACUGGAGGCCUCCUUUACCAGACAUCAGUGGGGAACUUGAGAUGCUCAGUAGUCCAAUGACAGAGGAGGCCGAGGAGAGAGGAGGAGAAGAGGAGGAGCAGCAGAAGGCUGAGGAAGAAUGUCUAGCCUCUAAGUCCAGCCCUGGAAAAGCUACCAGCGACCAAAUCCAGAAGGUCUUGGACUGCUUGCAGCCACACAUGGAUGAUCCUGAUGUACAAGCUCAAGUCCAGGUUCUGUCAGCAGCUCUUAAGGCGGCCCAGCUCGACAGCCCAACAGACACCAGUCCGACUGAGACCCAGGCAGCAAGCCAAGACAAGAUAGAGAGCCCAUCGGUGAAGAGCAAACCAGCUGAGGUCUUGUCAGAAAAUGGAGUGAUUUCCUCAGAAGAGGAGCACAUGGUGGAACCCACACCAGUCUCAGAGUCGUGCCCAGUCCAGGAGCAGGGGGAGAGGGAGACCCAGACUGAGGCCCAGGAUGGUCAGGAAGAGUCUCCACCAGACUCGCCUGUCCUGGUGCGGGACGAUUCAGACCACAGCAGUGUGGAGUCUGAACUGAUUGAGAGCAUGGAGGAAGAGAGGAAAGAAGACUCUGGUCCAAGCCCAGCAUUGGAGGAGAAGCCUAAAAUCCAGAAUGUCAUUCCCCAGCAGCUGUUGGACCAGUACCUGUCGAUGACAGAUCCGGCAAGGGCCCAGACCGUGGAUACGGAGAUAGCCAAGCACUGUGCCUUCAGUCUUCCUGGGGUGGCCCUCACUCUGGGAAGGCAGAAUUGGCACUGCCUCAAGGACACCUACGAGACCCUGGCUACUGAUGUACAGUGGAAGGUGCGUCGUACACUAGCUUUCUCCAUCCACGAGCUGGCAGUGAUACUAGGGGACCAACUGACAGCAGCUGACCUGGUGCCCAUUUUCAACGGUUUCCUCAAAGACCUGGAUGAGGUCCGCAUUGGUGUUCUCAAACACCUUUAUGACUUCCUCAAGCUGCUCCAUGCAGACAAGAGGAGGGAGUAUCUAUACCAGCUGCAGGAGUUCAUGGUGACGGACAACAGCCGCAACUGGAGGUUUAGAUACGAGCUGGCAGAGCAACUGAUCCUUAUCAUCGAGCUGUACAGUCACUACGAUGUGUAUGACUACCUCAGACAGAUAGCACUGACACUGUGCUCAGAUAGAGUCUCAGAAGUCCGAUGGAUCUCCUACAAGCUGGUGGUGGAGAUCCUUCAGAAACUGUAUGCAUGUGGAGCUCACGACCUGGGCCUGAACUUCAUCAACGAGCUCAUCGUCAGGUUCUGCCACUGUCCUAAGUGGGUGGGCCGGCAGGCCUUCGCAUUUAUCUGCCAGGCCAUAGUAGAGGAAGACUGCAUGCCCAUGGAGCAGUUUGCACAGCACCUCCUUCCCAGCUUGCUCAGCCUCUCCUCUGACCCUGUGGCCAAUGUUCGCGUACUAGUGGCCAAGGCACUGCGGCAGAGUGUCAUGGAAAAAGCAUACUUCAAGGAGCCAGGCUGCAGCUGUUCAGAAGAGCUGGAAGAGACCGUGAUGACGCUGCAGUCCGACAAGGACCGGGAUGUCCGCUUCUUUGCCACCCUGGACCCCAACAAAGCCUUGAUGGACACAGCUCCCUUGAUCUAGUGUCAGCCCCUGAGCCUAAACUGCUCCUACCAGCCUGUCUACCUGUCUGACUGAGGCACAGCCGGUCACAAGCCAGCACCAGCACCAGAACCAGGACCAGAACCUCCCCUGCCUAAAGGACAGACCUGUACUAAUAAACACGUAUGACCACUUGAGAAGACGCAUUUUCACAGUAGACAUUAUACAAACACAAACAUGAACAUACACGCACGCACCAUUUUUGGGUGGUAUGACCUGCAAAAUGCGCAACACGCUAACAUAAAUGCAAAGCAAAACACUUGUCAGAACAAAAGAGCAUUUUUGCCCCAUGGGAGAAAAAUGAGCAGGACUCAGAGGUUAGCUGGACCCCACUGGGGUAGCAACAGUAUCUCUCACCUGGACUUCUCCUCUCCGUCUCCACGCAACAUCCCCAGAGUGACUCGGUGCGUCUGUCAAUAGAACUUGUAAGAAACUGAGCCAAAAGCUCGCUCUCCAAAGCUAACUGUAAGCUUGUGAUAUGAAAUUGUUGUAUUUUUUUCUGGGGUGGAUGAUUUUUCUUAAUGCUUUUUUUGUGGAUUUCUUAAUGUACAAGCGGGCAAGGCCUGCUGACUUUCACUCUCUGUGCACUAACUCAGGGCGAUUGAUCUGCACCUAAAACACCGUUAGCUGAAGUGAUGGCCACAGCUGCCACCGAGGCGGCGCCAGGUCCUGGGUGGAAAAACUCGCAGCUGUCUUUUCAAGUGAGCCAGACCAGCUAAACCACCAUGUAGCUCUGCUGGGGUCUCUUGCUUCACCUCCUUCUGAAUGCCUGUUUUCUCAGGCUGCCGAGAUGUCUGCUGGGCCAUUCCCUCUCUUCCGCUUCCCGUUUAUCCGUCGUCCUCCAAGUUUGUCUUCAUGGGCCACUGAAACCACUACUACUGCGCCAUGGGAAGGGAGCAAUUUCGCAGCUCGGUGCGACUCUAUUGAAACCAUAACUUUACAUUUCAGCCAAACGGUGAUCGAUCAACUGUUGAUUGCCUCCCCCACCUUUGUGUAUGUCUUUCACCGCCAAUAAUGUGACACAGCACGUCUCUCAUAUUGCAGGAGACCAGUGAAAUACCUCUCUGUUUAGACACAGCUCUGGCCAGUGUGUGUCGCGUCAAAGAGGAGCAUCCAGGGUCCGGCGGCUUGAUGGGCCUUGAAAUGUCCCCGAUAGGAAGAGUUGUUAAGAAACCCAUCUUAAUAAGGGCUUAUGAUGAAGUGACACAGGUUGGCGUGGACCUCAUAGGAAAAGAUGAUAGCAAGCACACUGUUGGAAUAUGCAUGUUUCCUCACUGUAAGACCCCCCCCCCUUCUGUCUUGUGUAUAGUCUACUCUAUUUCCUUUUAAGUUGACCCACUGAUUUUUAAUAAUGAUACCAUGGUAGCUUUUAAGUGGAUCUGACUGACCAGUUGUACAGUAGGUUAUAAGUAUGGCUACAUGUUCGGCUCGAGGGUCGAGCGUGUUAAGAGACUGAACGACAACUGAGCGUACUUUCCCCGUACCGGUGAAAUGAAUUAAGUAUGAGGUUUCUCAGAGAAAAAACUGCAGUUUUGAAAUUUGUACAGCUCGAACCUGUGGAAAAUGGUAUGUGUUUGACAGAAUCAAGGCCAGUUUAGUUGGGGGGGGGGGGUUAAUGUAAUAAAAUGUGUGUGUGAAUAUGUUGGGAGCAGCCGCCAAGUCGACCCCCCACCCCCCCAUCCACCCCCCACCCAUCCAACCUCGACCCUAUGUGUAAAUGAUAACCUUUUUUUGUUUUGACCAUAGACAUAACUUGAGAAACUAAUGCUGAGUGGAGUGUUUGCUGUGCAUCUCAAGUCUUUCGGAACGGAGAGCUCACUGCGGCGAUGCAGUGGCCACUCAUCUCAUCUGUCUGCAAUUUGUGCCCAUCUUUUUUUUUGUAUGUGGUAGAACUGUUAAUAUAUGCAUUUUAUGAAAGUUAUUUUUCUUUUCAAUUAUGCACCACUGUUCAAAGAUUUUAUAUCCUAACUUUGCAAAAUUUACAACCUUUGUAAUUUUCAAUGGAUUCUUUAAAAAAAAAAAGACAUUUUAUGUAAUGUUAUUUUUAGUAUUCUGUAAUUAAAAUUAUGAUAAAU